AUGGAGCCAUUAGAUUUUUCUAUGAAGAUUUGUAGAAGAAUCAGUCUUUCUGGGGUAAAAUAUUGGCGCUGUGGUUUAGUUUCAGUCGGGUUGAAAAAUAUUUUUGUGGGAGUAGAUGAUGUUAUACGUGUGUAUGAAAAGUCUCAAUCGGAUGGCUUAGUUGAAAAUUUGUUUCGUGAGCUUAAAUGUCAAGUAGAGCCACAUUCUGUUAUUCGUGGAGAAAUAGACGUUAUGACGCCGUUAUCAUUUAAUUCUAUUAAAGUAGGAUAUAUUGGUAAUGAGGAGGUUCUUGUUUGUUGUACCGAUUCUGGUUUUGUUAAUGUUUGGUUUACGGAAGAUUUGUUACGAUCACCUUUAAUCCUUAAUACUGGAAGAAGUGCAUGGGGAAUUGCUAUACAUCCUUCUAAAAUGCUUUUGGCAAUAAGUUCUAACUCUCAUGAUAUUUCUUUGUGGAGUCUUGGAGUUGUAAAUCCUUUUGAAGAAUGGAAUACUAAUAAUACUGGAUGGCCUCAUAAGUUUUAUGGUCAUAACGAUAAUAUACCAAGUAUUUGUUUUAAUAGGAGUGGUACUAUUCUUUCAAGUGCAGGCAUUGAUGCAACAUGUAGGCUUUGGGAUGUUAUAUCAGGUUCAUUACUUCAUGUUUAUAUGGAUUCUCACAGGGGCUGGUUUGUUGGUUUUGUUGAUUCUAUAGCGUUUAAAGUUUUGAAACGUGUGGAUUUAUCAGAAAAACAAUUAAAGUCUAGUUCAAAUCAAGUAAAUAUUAGUUCUAUGGACAAAAAUUAUAUAAAUGAGGAUAAUCUAUUGCAUAUGAUCGAAAAUUGUUCAGAUUUAGAUGAUGAAAAAGAAACGGCUUUGCAUGAAUCAGAUACGGAUGAUUCCUUGGAGGUACAGAACAGUUUUUAUACUAACCUUAGUGUUCGAGAAUUAUUUAAACAAAGUAAUCUUAUUAGUUCAGAUUCUUUAGAUUUUUUUUCUUUCGAAAAGCAUGAUGAUUUUUUUUCAUGUUACACUUCAAUAAAUUAUAAUGAAUUACUUUUUUAUGGAACCGAGAAAAGCAUAAAAAUAUGCUGCGUUAGGGAAACAUUACCAGGGAUUCAAUUGUCGGCAGAAUGUAAGAAUAUUUUUGAUAAUAAUGAGAACAUUGAGAGUAUUUUAAGAUAUAUGGAUAGAAUUAACAUGGUGGAGUUUAUCCCCGAUUUAUCUCUUUGUAUUGUAGCAUCGCAGAAAGGCAAGGCAUGUUUAAUGCAUAUGGCAAGAAGUGUGGUCAAGUGUAAAGAUGGCACUAUUUUAUCAAGUUACACCAUAAUUGCUGAUCAACAAUUUCCAGAAGAUCCGCCUUUGUGUGGAUUGCUUGGAAUGACUGUAGAAAAGGUUUUUUUGAGACUCUAUAAACUUUAUGUAAGAUUAUUUAAUUGA